AGAAUAUUUUUCUCCUAUAUAAAUGGACACAGAUCAAUACAUUUAUGCAAGUAAGGAGGCACCCAAGACAUGCUAUUUAGCUCCACACAAAUAGUUCGAAGAUGAUUCAUUGUCUUUUAGUAUCCCAACAAAAACUCCGAACUUUCUUUGCAUUUGCAACCACCAAGUUGUCUUAUUUUACCAAAUCUGCUCGGUGGACUAGAAAAAACUUCAUCCAGUACAUCUGCCAAAACAAUCCACUCUUUGUCCAUGUCACUUACUUUGCCUUGAUUUCAUUUGCUGGAUAUGCAGCACUAAAGGUCAUCAAGCCACGAGAUAAGUUAAACACUCUAAGGGACUUGGAUGUGCUAUUUACUUCUAUAUCUGCAUCAACUGUGUCAAGCAUGGCUACUGUUGAAAUGGAGGAUUUCUCAAGCGCUCAGCUCUGGGUUUUGACUAUUUUAAUGCUGAUUGGUGGUGAUAUAUUCACUUCAAUGCUUGGCAUUCACUUCAUGAGAGCCAAAUUUGGUAGAAAAGAGCCAGUCAACACAAGGGAUCACUCAUCUUACAUUGAUAUAGAGCCUAUUACUUCCACAAAAUUUAAUCCCAGCACUCAGGACAUGAAGGUUACUGUUUCAUUUUCUGAACCCCACAUGGAAAAUGAAGGACAUGUAGAGCCCAGUACAAUCGAAUUUUUUGGUUUUGUAGUGAUGGGAUAUCUUCUAAUGACAAACUUAGGCGGCUCACUACUUAUUUACCUCUACCUUAACCUGGUACCAAGUGCACAGCAAAUUCUAAAGAGAAAAGGCAUUGGAAUGGUCAUAUUCUCAGUAUUUACAGCCAUCUCCUCGGUAGGAAAUUGUGGUUUCACUCCAGUAAAUGAGAAUAUGAUUAUCUUUCAGAAGAACUCCGUUCUCCUAUUGAUAAUUAUUCCUCAGAUAUUAGCAGGAAAUACAUUGUUUGCACCAUGCUUGAGAUUGAUGGUGUGGUCAGUCGAGAAGAUUACUGGAAAAAAGGAUUGCCGAUACAUUCUUGAACGUUCAAAGGCCAUUGGAUAUAAACAUCUAAUGAGUAGCAGGGAGGGUGUAUAUUUGAUUUUAACUGUCGUGAGCUUCAUCAUUAUGCAAACCGUAUUGUUUCUCUCUUUGGAAUGGAACUCAGCAGCUUUGCAUGAAAUGAACAGCUACCAAAAGAUAGUAUGCGCUCUAUUUCAGUCGGUCAAUUCAAGGCAUGCAGGUGAAUCCAUCACAGAUCUGUCAAACCUCUCUUCAGCAAUCCUAGUCUUAUACACCAUCAUGAUGUAUCUUCCUGGUUACACUUCAUUUUUACCCAGAAAUGAUGAUGGGGAUUCUAAGACCAAGAUGAUAAAAGAAAGAAAAAGGCUAUUGGAGAACUGGAUCUUCUCACAGAUUUCUUAUCUCGCCAUCUUUGUCAUACUGAUUUGCAUCACCGAGCGAGAAUCGAUGGCCACAGAUCCACUUAAUUUCAAUGUUUUCAGCAUAUUGUUUGAAGUUGUAAGGCAAGUCACUGAAAUUCACUGUAUUGAAUGUAAUAAAGCUCUCUCUCUCUCUCUCUCUCUCUCUUUUUGCAACAUUAUCAUCACUGAACAUCUGGCUCUGAUGACUGACUGUUGCAGCGCAUAUGGAAAUGUGGGGUUCUCAGUUGGUUACAGUUGCAAGAGGCUGCUGAACCAUGAUGCACACUGCAAGGAUGCCUCGUAUGGGUUUGCCGGGAAAUGGAGCGACAGCGGGAAAGCAAUUCUGAUCAUCGUCAUGCUUUUCGGGAGGCUUAAGGCGUUUAACAUGAAGGGUGGAAGAGCCUGGAAGCUUAGAUAGCAUCUACCAUUUCCAGAAUAUAAUUUCCUGAAUAGUGCUGAUCAGCUUCAGAUGUACACAACAGAGCUGGUGACAGAUUCGAGCCUAGCUUAGCAUGACAAAGGUGAUUCGGUGAAAGGCGCCCAUUAGCACUGUUGCCUUCCUUCACCAAGAAGCCAUCUUUCGACAUAGUUGUGUUAAGAUAUAUUGAAAAUGCUACAUUGGUAUCCACGGCUCGAUCCCGUUUCUAGGGGAAUUUAACUUUUUCCCACUCUUACGAGUGGUCAAAACAGAUUUGUCACUCAGUGUCUAUGACAUA